GUGGAGGAAUCUAGAUUUUGGAGAAAUAUAUCACUUACCAAACAAGUUUGGGGCUCGUCGCGAGCUGCAAAGUUAACAAGGUAGCAGGAGGACCGCUCUGUGUGAACAAUGUGGCUCCAUACAGGACUGUUGGUACUAUAUCUACAGGCAACAUGGGCCCAGAUAAAUGAAUUGACGCCAAUCACCGCAAUGCCGCAGAUCACCACUUUAGAUGUCCGGUGUGAGAGGACUGGUAUGACCGUCAAUGUCCAGUUUGACAGGCCUUACAAUGGGAUAAUUUUUUCUAAAGGAUACUAUAGUAUCCCCAGUUGUCAAUACGUGGAGGUCGAUUCUAGACGUUCUGAUUACACGUUUUUUAUACCAAAAGAAGACUGUGGAACUGUGACAUUUCCAGACCCCACUAACCAAGAAACUAUUCUAAAUUUUGAGAACACCAUAAUAUUUCAAAUGGACCCGAGUUUCCAAGAAGCAUGGGAUUUAGCCAGAAGAAUUUCUUGUCAAUGGGUUGAUAUUUUUAAGAAACGCAUUGAAUUUCAACCGUUUGUUGUAGACAUGUUGGAUGUUGUGUCGGUUCCUUUUCAAGGUGACGAAAUCGAAUGUUGGAUGGAUCUUCAAAUAGGUACCUUUCCUAAAACACAACCAAUCAAUGGAAUCGUAAAAAUUGGUCAAGAAAUGUCUAUCAUAAUAUAUAUCGGAGGAAAUACUGAUGAUAUUGAUGUUCGUGUAAGAGACUGUUACGCAUUUGACACCCCAAACUACAACGACAGUGUCACCAAAAGGCUUCAACUAACGGACUUAGAAGGAUGUCCUGUCCAACCAAAGUUGAUUGACUAUUGGAAACGUACACUUCAAACAGGAAAUACUGGAGCUAGCAUUAUAGCUUUUACAUCUCUCAAUGCUUUUAAGUUUCCGGACGGAAUGGAUGUUUAUAUAACUUGUAAUAUUGAAGUAUACCGCCAUAUACUCGACCCCCCAUCACACGACCACCAAUUACUCGACCUCCAGUUACAAGACCGCCAUAUACUCGACCUCCAAUCACUAGACCACCAAUUACUAGACCGCCAUAUACUCGACCACCAAUUACUCGACCUCCAGUUACAAGACCGCCAUAUACACGACCACCAGUCACUAGACCACCAAUUACUAGACCGCCAUAUACUCGACCCCCCAUCACACGACCUCCAGUCACUAGACCACCAAUUACUAGACCGCCAUAUACUCGACCACCAAUUACUCGACCUCCAGUUACUAGACCUGCCAUUUACUCGACCCCCCAUCACACGACCUCCAGUCACUAGACCACCAAUUACUAGGCCUCCAUAUACUCGACCACCGAUAACACGGCCUCCAGUCACGAGACCUCCAUAUACUCGACCCCCCAUCACACGACCACCAAUCACUAGACCACCGAUAACACGGCCUCCAGUCACGAGACCUCCAUAUACUCGACCCCCCAUCACACGACCACCAAUCACUAGACCACCGAUAACACGGCCUCCAUUUACUCGUCCCCCAGUUACCAGACCUCCUAUACGUCCACCCACAACGAAAACGAGUUGGAGCGGGAAUGCUCCUCCUGAUCACCCAUUUCACAGCUUCCAUUAUCAACCAAUACGACCACGACGAUUUCGUAGGUAUGCUACUAAAAAUGCGGACAAGUACCAGUUGAGUGCACUAAAUUUACCCGAAACUCAAGUGAUUGCUCUUAGGACCAGAAGUUUCCGUGUGGUAAAAGAGGGUUUCCUGGAUUCUAACGUGGUGAGACUACAAGGCCCUCUAUAUAAAGUAUCCUAAGUUUGAGUUCUAUCACUGAUGGGAUGAAAUAAUCAUUUCUGACAAACAUUUUGGACCAGAUUAACUUACUGUCAAAAGUACAACUCAGCUUCCCUAGGCACAGAAGUUGUCAACAACUACCCA